AUGGAGCCCCGGACGAGAUUGGACCCAAUCGAGAGCGUGUGGGUGCUCGUCUCCGUCUCCGCACGGCUGUUGACCCAACCGGCGCCCGCGGGUCCAACUGCUGCCGUUGCUCCUCGUCGCUCUCGACCGGACUCUCGCUCGACGGCUGAAUCCACCGCAUCCACUUCAUCCACACCCGACCGACUUUCCCCAGCCUCGUCUCUUUUGCUCUGGACUCGCGUGCGGCCCUCCGCCGUCCGAGCUUUUUUUUUCCUCGUCGACGUGGUCUCGCGACUUUGGGGGUCCUCGCAGAGCCCAGUCUUUGCUUUGCUGCAUCCUGACCUCUCCCAACGGGGUUGCGGCGCUCAUUCCAUCGUCAGAUCUCAUCCUCCGCCGCCGACACAUUCUUCAACAUCGUCAGUGCCGCUCAUCAUGCCGGACAUGCCUGCCCUCUUUCAUCAUACGGCCUCCCCGCCCCAAGUCGAUCUUGCCAGCGCCAAUUCACAAUUCUUCCAAGUGCCCGUGUCUGCAUCAGCAUCCUCCUCCCUCUAUUCUCUUUCGAUCAGUCGCAAGCGACCGCGUCGGGAUGCCGAAAAGUUGACUGCCACGUUCGAGGCCUCGUCCGAGGUUGCGUCCGCAUCUUUGUUCCUCCAGCCCAAUCAUCCGCACACCUCGAUUGCGCACGAUCAACGGCUGCGUGCGCUGGAACUGGACUAUCGCCCUAACCGAUAUCGCGAGUCGUUCCUCCCACCCUCGUUGGCCAAUAGCGUCGACUCGAUCGAUCCCGAUUCCCUCGGAACGAGCCGCAAGCGCACUCGCCGAGACUCCCUCCUCACAUCGCCCGGCCCAGAAACGGACAGGCCUGAGAGCGGCCCCAUCGGCUGGGGCCGGACGGUGAUCAACGUGGUGGGCAAAGUCUUGGAUUUGUGUUGGUCGGGGGCGUUUCGGGGCUUCUACGCUGGCGGAGGGCCAGGGUACGAUUUGCCAACAGGGUCCCCAUCCCGACACCCCACGAGCUGGGAGAGAGAGCCUCCAGUGUCGAGCGAGAAUGAGAAGGAGCGCUUUUUCCCGUCCCCGAUACCGGGCCAAUACCCGGAGGAAGAUAUCGACCGCAGCUGGGUGGUGAUCCCUGCAGCAACGGCCGACUCCUGCGUCAACGACUUGGCCCCUAGUCCCUCUAUCAGGGCUCGUCGUGUGCAUCAAGCCUCAAGCCCUCGACGUCGACCGGCGGUCAUGCCCAAGUUACAGAAGCGAUCCUCCAUAUCCAGGGGUCCUGCCACCCCGACCAAAAAUCCUAGUCUGCCCUCGCCACGAUUACGCGAAGGACCGGACUCGGCGGAGAUGAAACGCGUGGCGGCGCAGAUCCGUCGACGGGAGCGGGAGGAAGAUGCCAGCAUCAAAAGGCUGAAUCGUCAGCUCCAAGCAAUGAUCAGAGAGGGGAAAGAGGCCUUGGGGUCGACCGUUGAAGUGGAGGACUUGGACAUGGACUUUGACUGA